AGGCUUCUUGCUACCCAUGAGAAGAACGAUCUAGUAUUGAAGUCUGAGUAUCGAAUUCUCAGUCUAUAAGAACGUUGAAAAAAUUUUCAAUUAGCGAAUGUCGAAGAACUACAAACUGUGAAACAACAUCCCAUGAAUAAACUAUCGUUCAUGUCUUCCUAUUCUUGGAGAAGAAGAAAUCUGAUUUGCUUGAUCACUGACGAUCCAUCAUCGCGCUUUUACAUCUGCUGAUACUAUUAACCCUUGUCUUCACCAGCAAUCCAACCAUGGUCUCCAUCGUUGAUCACGACGGUCUAGCCGCCUUGCAAAGGCAAAUUGCUCACCUAGAUGUCGGUGACCGAGUCCUUUCCGGCAGAUUACAUCUCUUCAAAAUCGUGCCUGGCUCUUCAGCGUUAGGCGGCGGACGAGGCUCUUCAGCCUUGGGCGGUGCUGGAGCUAGGUCUGGAGCUGGAGGUGCUGGUGGAAAUUCAAAUUCAAUACUGCUGGGAGGAAACUCAUGUGGAGGCUUAGCCGGAGGUAGUGCAGCUGUAGGCACUUCUACUAGUCUACUACCUAAUAUAUUUUUAAGGUCAGCUUUUAUUGUCCAUCUUUCUCGGCCUCACGGUAGUACCCUUUUCCCUUGUAUUCUCAUGAAAUACAAGGUAAAAGGGACGACCCCAAGAAAAGGGGGGCCCCAAGAAAAUGCAAUCUAGCAGACUCUAAAUAUAGCAGGUGGGGCGACUUCAGGCGGAGGCGGUUCCUCUGGAAGCAGUAGUAUUCCCGCGACGAGCAAUCGAGGAGGACUAUCGACUCGGCUAUUACAGCAAGUGCUCUCACAUGCCUUUCCCGAGUACGAUUACGCGACCGUAACAGACGACAGAUUCGAGGCGCACGCGGACCCGUUCCACAUAGUCAACUCGGUCAACUGUAACUGUCUCUCGCUUGCAGGUAAUACUGCUUCAACAUUUUUUUGGAUUUGACGUUUCGUUCUACAGUCUUUGUGAUUGAAUAUGUACUUGAGCAAGUCGUGUUUGUCUUAAGAUGUGAAUUAUUCGAAUGCGUGAAAAUUGUAAGAGAUGAUACAUGACGCGUUUUCCGUCCUCGUACAUUAGUUGUAAUUGAAAACCACAAUUACGUUAGGUGAUUGUUGAGUCUCCUAACCCGAGAACUAGAUUUCUUCAUGAUCACAUUAAUUAUCACCCAAAUAAACCAUAAUGAUCCAUUCUUCAUCCCAUUAAUUGUCACUCAAAUAAACCAUAAUCAACUCAAAUAAACCCCAUAGUGUGAAGGAUCCAUAACCUAACCUAACCCCCAUAGUACUUCUACAGAACGAUUUAUUCCAUAAACCUAAUCAAACCCCAUACACCAUAAUAAACCAUAAACAUAAUCAAUUUCCAUACUACAGAACGAGAAAACCCUGGUUUUAUCAACGGUUUCUGGCGUGUUGUGCGAGAGUGUGUCGACUUGCCGCGGUGUAGUGUUUUUUCUUACAAGCCUGAAUCCCUAGAAGAGGUACCUGGAACUCCGUUAUUCUCCUUCUUCCACUUUUUUUUAAGGCUGUAGCUAGUACCUUGAAACGUAUCUUUGGACGCUGCAUCCUUGAUGAAGAAAUGUAUGGAGGAGUGGAGUACCUCUAGAAUGGGUACACUACUACUACUGCUACUGUAAGGUGGGAAUACUAACCCACCUAAGCCGCCCAUACUUUUGAGUAGCCAUGAUCGUCCUAAGGGAAAACCCGAGUGCUCUCCCAUACUUUUCAAGGAUGCACGAGGACUUGAAAGACGAUCUCAAAAAAUCUUAACCUGUGAAAGUAGAGCAAGAGGAUCAAGGAAGACAUUAGAGGAUCAAGGCUCUAAUUUUUCUCGACAAAAGCGAAAAGAAACUCCUCUUCCUCUUUGGCAGUACGCGGAGUAAAUGCCAAGGGGUCGGCCUCGACUUGUAUUCCGAAGGCGGAGGGGGUACGAGUUCUGAUGCGGGUGCCGAUAGCGACAAUUCCAGGUCGAGCGGAGGGGCUAAUAGUUCAGGCAUGAUGCAGCAUCAGCAGCACAGGAGGUCGUUUAGCAAGAUAUUAGAAAGGCGGAGCAGUUCAAGAAAUAGCAGCGAACCAAGUAGUACCACUGUGGGGCCAGCUUCCUAUAACUCCAUCCGCAGUGGCGCGUCGUCGAUGUUCAGCGCCUCUUCCAGCAUACAACUUCAGCCGGGGACGAUGAUAAUACAACAAGGAAUAAACGGGAACACUACAACUUCUACUACCACGAAUGACAUAGUAAACAGCAGUAUCAAUAUUAAGGCUCAGCUUUCAAUGGUCACCAUUGAGAUUGGGGUCACUGAGGUCCCUCUCGAGGAAAGAUGGGGGGAAAAUGAAGGAAAAGCAAAGGGAGAGGCAUGGGGCCCAUUUCUUUCAGAGUCAGUGACCAUUGAAUGCUGAGCUUUAACAAUAAUUUAAACAACGUGAACGCAGUACAGCACAGCUUAAACACGCCGUUUGAACCAUUACAACCAGUGGACUCGUCCCAGAAUCUUCUCUCUGGCGAUGAGAGUUCAAUAGGCGGCGCGGACUCAAGUCCUGGGAGCUCGGCGAGAUUAGGGGAUUACGGAUAUCAAUACGCAAGCGACGACUCUAUGGGUAUUUCUGAGGGAGAUGUCGACGCGUGAACACGGGGCCACAUAUGUUGACACGUGAACAACGAACCACAUAUGUGGACGCGUGAACACCGAACCACAUAGUAUAAGAACUAACAGUUACUCGAGUCAAAUUGUACAUCUGGCACCAGCCACAAGUUAAGGUGAACGAGCCGCAAGUUAAACAGUACUUCUCGUUCUCUUUGAAUCAACUCACAAUUUGAAAAGUCUUACAUGAUGUCUAUGAUGUUAUUUCGAACAUACAGAUUGAAUACUGAAGAAAUGGCUCUAGUGGUUGUAGUUGCUUACUGAGAUGGUCAUCGUUUCAUUGUCACAUAAAAGAUAACUGUUGUCUGUUCUUGAUUUACCCUCUAGUACUAAUUGCUCGUUUGCUCGUUUUGUAUAAUUCGACGAUGUAUCGUCCUGCGACAUAUUUCCCUAAUAGAUAACAACAACGCUAUCCCUAUGCCCUCGUUCCCGCGCUUUCUCAUGUAAACUUGUGGGGACCUUACACCCCAUGAGGAUUGCCAAACACUUUCCACACACCUUGAACAGCUACCUCAGGAGUUUAAACGUCCAAUGC